GUGAUCUCGCGCUGCCUAGGAAACAAGACGCGGCCCUGGCCAAACCUGAGACAGCCGCGCCUACCCCGGCGCCAUGGAGCUUCCCUCAGGGCAGUGUGGGAAUCCUCGCUCUUGUGAGGACGAGUCGGACCCCGAGCCAGAGCCCGACCCUGAUGCUCAAGCUGAGGCCUAUGUAGCACGCGUGCUCACCCCGCCCAAACCUGGCAUGACCCCGCGGCGCUCGUCACUGCAGUCCAUGUUCUCCGCGUCCCUGGGCAUGCCAGAGCGAAAGGAUGCCUCCAAAGUACCGGCAGUGAGCCUGCCGGGCCUCCUCAGCCUUCCCCCGGAGCUGCUGCUGGAGAUCUGUGCCUACCUGGAUGCGCGGGUCGUGCUUCAUGUCCUGCCGUGCGUGUGCCAAGCGCUGCACAACCUCGUGCGUGAUCGAGUCACCUGGAGGCUACGCGCUCAGCGCCGCGUACGCUCACCCUACCCAGUGGUAGAAGAGGAGAACUUUGACUGGCCGGCCGCCUGCAUUGAGCUGGAGCAGCACCUGGCCCGCUGGGCAGAGGACGGACAGCGGACCGAAUACUUCUGCCUGGCUGAUGGCCACUUUGCUUCCAUUGAUGCAGUGUUGCUACUCCAGGGUGGGACACUGUGUUUGUCAGGCUCCCGGGAUCGAAAUGUCAACCUGUGGGACUUGCGACAUCUAGGGAAGGAGCCCAGCCGAGUUCUGGUGAAGGCCUUGGGCACCCAGGGCAAUAGCACACACAAGGGCUGGGUAUGGUCGCUAGCAGCACAGGACCACCGUGUGUGCUCCGGCUCUUGGGACAGCACCGUGAAGCUGUGGGACAUGGCGGCCGAUGGGCAGCAGUUUGGAGAGAUCAAGGGCAAGGCGGCAGUGCUGUGCCUUUCCUACCAACCUGAUAUCCUGGUGACUGGUACCUAUGACAAGAAGGUGACCAUCUAUGAUCCCAGAGCUGGCCUGACCCUGGUGAAGAGCCGGAGGCUGCACUCAAGUGCUGUGCUAGCAGUGCUGGCGGAUGACAGACAUAUCAUCUCAGGUAGUGAGGACCACAGUCUUGUGGUAUUUGAUCGUCGAGCCAAUAGCGUCCUGCAGCGGCUCCAGCUGGACUCCUAUCUGCUCUGCAUGUCUUACCAGGAGCCCCAGCUCUGGGCAGGUGACAACCAGGGCCUGCUGCACGUCUUCGCCAACCAAGAUGGCUGCUUCCAGCUUGUUCGGACCUUUGAUGUGGGUCACCAGUCUCAGAUCACAGGGAUCAAACACUCCCUGGGGACUCUGUACACAACAUCUACUGACAAGACUAUUCGGGUUCAUGUGCCCACAGAUCCACCUAAGACCAUCUGUACCCGAAGGCACCACAACGUGUUAAAUGGGAUCUGUGCUGAGGGCAACAUAGUGGUGGCUGCCUCUGGUGGCCUGUCAUUGGAGGUCUGGAGGCUGUUGGCCUGAAGCUGGCUGGACAUGGCUGUGGUGGAUGUUGGUCUACACUGCCUGCUGAGGCUGCCCCAGGCCUCUGCUCCGGAGGAACUUCCUGCUAUUGGUGCUGCUUCUGCCCAGCUCCACAGACUUGGGACCCAGGAAGCCCUAGGGCUGGGCCCACACCUGUGCCUGUGGGUUGACAUUUCUAGUUUUAGCGACCAAGGGGGCUGUUCCCUACCUUCCACUCUUGGGUUUUGUUUUGUUUUGUUUUAUUUUGUGUUGUUGAGACAGGGUCUCAUGUAACCCAGGCUGGCCUCAUAUUCACUGUGUUUGAGGCAGGCCUUGAAUGCCUGAUCCUCCUGCCUGAAUCUUCCAAGUGUUGGGGUUACAGGUAUGGCACCAUGCCUGAAUGACCUGUUUUGUUAGGAUUUGGAUGUCUCUCUCACAGGAAUGAAGAGAAAUAAAUCUACUGUGCAAUUGUUGGAAACUGG